AUGAGAAAUAAUAAUUAUGGAAAUUAUAAUAUUGUUGGUACUAACGGAUAUCGCGGGAUUUUUUUUGAGAGACAAGUGGACCCUAAUACUGAUUUGGGUACGUUUAUGCCAGUGGAUUUGUCAGAUAGAUUAAACGCUGCGUUUUGUGUUUUUACAGCCUUUGUUUGGACAUAA